UAUCAGUGUAUGUAAAAAUGCACAUAAUGUUAAAUAUUUCAUUGGGUAUAUUAUCAUUUGUAUCAGUAUGCACUUUUAUGCCAUUCUUUUGUUUUUAAAUUCCUGUGUCAAUGUAUAUAGCUUAUAUUGACAAAUGCUGUUCAUACCUGUCGUUGUUAGAUCAAGCCACGCUUAAAUUUUGCGUAUACUUCCGGCGAACGCCAAGCAGGUGUCCUACAUCUGUAGAUCAGAUUAGUACUUAGACGGACGUAAUAACGACCGCCAGGUGGCUAUGGUGAGUGUUCGUAGCUGUACUGAGCGUUAGGUUUUAACAAUCGUCAUAAGCAUACACAGUACAGCGCGUUUCUGAAGAGAAACUGGAUUCAAAAAAAUUCUUAAUUACUUGAACUUGCGAUACAUUUUUUCAUUAACUUCUUUAUUCGUUAUGCCAUUAUUUGGUAAAAAGAAAAAGACGGACGUUGAAAAUGGAGUUUCGUCGGAAAACAUCCAGGAGCCGCCGAACAACGAGAAUGAAAUGAAGAACGGGUCGAACCAGCUAUCGAAAGAAGAAACCACUGACAAGUUACCUGUUCAGAAACCCAAACUAGUGUUCCAUUGUCAGCAAGCCCAAGGUAGUCCAACAGGGAUUAUAUCAGGCUUCACCAACAUCCGGGAAUUAUACCAGAAAAUUGCAGAAUGUUACGAUUUCCCUGUUUCAGAGAAAGGUGCAGAUGUUUUCAAGCCUCUCUCUCACACACACAACCUGCUAGAGCUGUUGACGACUUUAUACAUGGCUGAUUGUUUCAACAGUUGUAGUGAAGCGAAAGUAGGCGAUCAUAUAGAAAAAAUUAACGGAAAAACGUUGGUUGGAUGUAGACAUUUCGAAGUUGCUAAAGCUCUUAAAGAAAUUGAAAAAGGCUCAACGUUCACACUUCGACUCGUUGAACCUCUUAAAGCAGGGUUUUCCCACAUUGGACCGAGAACUGGAUCGGGAUGUGGAAAAAAAGGGGAAUAUGGCUCUGGGAGGGAAACCUUAAGAUUACGGGCCAAGGGACCUGCAACUGUGGAAAUAGCCCCUGAUGACGUAACAACAACUGCUAUAGAAAAGAUUAACAGUCUUCUAGAGUCGUUCAUGGGAAUCAACGACACAGAACUAGCCACACAAAUAUGGGAGUUGGGCCAAGACAAGAGCAAUCCAAGUCAAUUCGUUACAGCAGUGGAUAAUUCGGAUUUAGAAGCUUUUGGAUUUACAGAUAAUUUUGUGUUCGAUCUUUGGGGAGCAAUUAGCGAUGCCAAAGCGGGCAGGCUAAAGAAAGAGAAAGAAGACACUCCUUUUUAAUGUUCUUAAGUUCUUCCAAUAGUUGCAACUGUACAAGAAAAGCUAUUUUCGUCUGGAAGUUCUUCGGAUGACAUAUGAACAAGCACGAUAUAAUUUUAAACAUACAUAUAAAUAACUAUAAUAUAUGACAAAGUUAAGACUUGUUUUUCUGUGGAAACUUCAAAUAUAGACGGGAUGAGUAAUCGCGUAACUGAAACUAUACUUCUCUUACAUGUAAUAUUGGAUGAGAUAUCAGGAUUGCUUCUAAAUUAAGUCUAACACAACACAAUGUAUGGUUUCAAUUCUCUAAUUACUAAACAAAAGCGAAGAAAUUCAAUUUUUAUCAGUUAUAAGUAAUGUUUUAAUUUAUUUCGUUCUUUUUACUUCUUAUAUAAACUACGGUAAAUACUGUUAUAACAAAUAACAUUUCAACCUUGGACGCUUGAAUUUCUAUGCAACAAAUUUAAAUAUUUUUCUAUUUAUGUAGUAUCUCUCUGCUUUUAUAUAUUAAAAUAACUGUUGACAGCCAUUUUUCGUACUAAACGUUUACUACUAGUGUAUUACAAGUAAAGCCUGAAACGCUGUAAAACACUUUUUUACAUUAAUAAAAUAAAGAAAAUUUAUGACACACAAAACGUGGUUUCCUGGAAGAGUCUAUGUUUAUUUACUGCUGGAGUGAAC